GGCUCGGCUCGGCGUGGGACCCACAAUCUGGUCAGACUGAGGAGAAAAUCAGGCGCCAUUUUAAAAAAAUUUCGGACCGAGCGAGGGUUUCUUCUUCUUCUUCUCUUUCUUCGCGCCUCCCACUCUACCCUCCCUCUCUCUCUCCGACGAACAGGACGCGACUCCCAGUCUCUCUGUGCCCUCCUUCUUUCCGACCGGCGAACCACGGCCAGCAACCGACGAACCACCGCACCGGACCGGCGAGAGGACCGCGACCUCUCUCUCUCUGCAUUCCCUCUUUCCGACCGACGAACCACCGCACGGACGAGAAGACCGCGAGCAAUCGACGAACCGCGGACCUUCGCUUCCCCGGCCCCUCGCCGCCGGCUUCUCCCCGCCUCCUUCAAGAUGCGGCAGCGCGGCCUCAGUUCUAGGAGCAGGAGGCCGCAGGUCAAGAAGGCUUCGCCGGAUAGGCCGUCGUCGAUUGUGGUUAAUGGAGAGGGCGAAGAGGACGCUCCUUUGGCGGAGAGCGUGCGUAGCGCUGAUUGGGAAAUUGUGGCUGAUGAUUCUGAGGACGAUGAUUCCGAUGGAGUCGUGAUUGAUGUGGAGAACCAGAAUGCUGAUAGAACAGAAGCUUCCGACAGUACGGCGAUGGAGACAAAUUUGGCACCAUGUUUCGUCGAUGGAGUAACUCUCACCACAGUGAGGAAGAUGACUCGCUGCAGUUUGAAUCUAAGAUCAUGGGCAUCGGAGGCAAAGUCGGCAGGAAUUACAGCGGGAGUGAUUCGACUUCGUCGACUUUCGUCGGGACACUUCAUCCCGGAACGCCUGAUCCUCGAGGCCAGUACAUGGUUCCAAGCAGUUACAGUUUCCCAAGGUCGAUGAGUACUCCCUCAAGGAAGAUUGAAGGGAGUUCGGCCGGUUCCAGAAGCAGUGGUUUCCCAAAGUCCAGGACUACGGUGGGCCCUGAUGCUCAUUCAGGAUCUUCGGUUCUCAUCUGCCACUAGUGCGGGGAGCAAUUCAAGAAGUUGGAUGCUGUUGAAGCUCAUCAUCUCUCCAAACAUGCUGUAACUGAACUAAGUGAUGGAGAUUCAUC